AAGACACUGGCCUUGGUGUCACUACCGUAUCAGUUGACUGUCGCCGGUCAAGUGGAACUCACUCUGGGUGGACAUGUGGAGUACUUUGUCAUCGGUGGUGCUACUAUUCUACGGUUAUGUGACUGCAGACCCCGCGCGAUUUGAUGGGCACAAGGUACUACAAAUCUUGCCGAACUCACUACAAGAAUUGGAACAGGUGCUCGCAUUACACGAUGUCUACGAUCUUGACAUGUGGCGCCACCCCAGGAAGGGCAAUCACUCGAUGGAUGUGUAUGUCGAGCCCGAGAAAUUGGAGCCGGUGUUGGGCGCUUUAAAGGACAUCGGGGCCCAUGUCAAAAUCUGGAUCGACGAUUUACAAAAACUCGUAGACGAGGAACAGUCUUCCAUGAAAAGAAGUUUUCAUCUACCAUAUACCUCUCAGGGACGCAACCAGGGCUUCAAUCACUAUGUCUACCAUAGAUACUCAGCAAUCAAUCAGUAUUUACAAGACGUGGUCACUGCCACGGCCUCCAUGCCUACCGUCAAUGCCAGCCUGACCACCAUAGGGUUCAGUGCGGAGGGUCGAGAUAUCAAAGUCAUCAAGAUCUCAAGAGGAGAUGGUGUCUCCCGCCCCUCGGUGUUCAUUGACGGUGGGAUCCACGCCCGAGAAUGGAUAGCCCCAGCAACAGUCCUGUAUUUCAUUGGCCAGAUGGUUUACGGAGACGAAUUUGACCUUUCCCCUCAGUUGCUAGACAAAUUUGAUUGGUUCUUCGCACCUCUUCUGAACCCUGAUGGUUAUGAAUAUUCACACGCCACAUAUAGACUUUGGCGAAAAAAUCGAGUGGAGCAAGGAAGAAACUGCUACGGAACAGACUUAAAUAGAAACUUUGGUUACCAAUGGAAUCCUGCUGUGGGCGGGAGUACCAAUGUGUGUUCUGACGUCUACUCGGGAUCACAGGCGUUUUCCGAGAAGGAGAGUCAGGCAGUGGAGACAUUCAUAAUGGACAACCGACAGAACAUGAUGGCUUACCUCACCUACCACUCCUAUGGUCAGAUGUGGCUCUACCCCUGGGGAUACACCUCAAGUCUGCCGGCCGACUGGCAGGAAUUGGACUCUGCUGCCAAGGUUGGGACAGCUGCUUUGGCCCAGUUAUACGGCACCAACUACGUCGUCGGUUCAUCCACAAACGUUCUAUAUUCGGCGGCCGGCGGAUCAGACGAUUGGGCCAAAGGUGGCGCUGGCGUCAAAUAUUCCUACACCAUUGAACUUCGUGAUACCGGUGCGCAUGGUUUUGUACUUCCGACGAACCAGAUAGAACCUAACUGUCGGGAAUCUUGGCGUGGUUUAGCCGAAUUUGCUCUGUCAUUAAACACGAAUAAGGGUGGGCAUAGGGGAUAGAAUUCAAAUAAAAUCUUCCUGUGCUGAUGUGUUUGGUGCUAUUGAAAUGUUUGUUGAAUAUUGAAUAAAAAUUGAUUCAUUCAUCUUA